AUGGACAGUGAAGUUCAAAGAGAUGGCAGGGUUCUUGACCUUACAGAUGAUGCUUGGAGGGAAGACCGUCUACCUUAUGAAGAUGUCACUAUCCCAUUGGUAAGGAAACCCUUUAAACAAUGUUUAUGGUGCAGAUGAGGUUUAGCUAGGUUGAUAAAUGCUACAUGGAUAUAACGUUAGGUGUACAGUAGAUUCUAAAACUGGCUCACUCAUAUUUAUUCGUGAAUAUAUAAUUCGUGAAUAUAAUGAUGGCAGCAUCCAAAUCGUUGAUGUAUGAUGCCCAAAAAUAUCAUUUGGACUUCACUUUCCGAAACAAGCUUACGAUAGCUAGAAGGCACUGUUGCGGUUACACGCGUCAUAGCCCUUUUUAAUAUUUUGCAGCCACAUCAGCUCUGCCAAAUAUGUAACUUGUUAGAUCUGGAUAUCUUCAAUACAGGAUUCUAUCGUAGGAUGGAUUAUAGAUGGGGUAAACUUUUUCAACAGCACUGGUGCCUUAUAUAUAUAUAUGUAUGUUUCUAGUUGCAGGUGUACCUUCGAUAACGAGGAAAUGGAGAUAUUAAAUCAACUAGAGAUAUUAAAUCCAGUUCACUGCCUGGCUACCAAAUAAGUAGCCUGGUCUCAGACUAAAUGUAACAUAGUAACAAUUCGGGACACUUAAAAUGGUAUUAUUUGUUACGUUUGGUAUGGUUACUUAACGCAAAAACAAAAGGAAGGUGGGUGUAUAACGGGAACGUCUAGCAACCCAAAGCUUGCGCGUUUGAAAUCUCAACAUUAGUCACAACAAAUUGAAAUUCGUAACAUAUACCAUACUAAGUGUAGUUUCAGAUUUACGUACAGAAUAAUACAUAAUGCUUUGACACCAGGUUGAAAUACGAGACAUUGACUAGCCAUCUAGCACCAGUGACCAUACUUACGCAAUAAUUUUGACUAGCCAUCUAGCACCAGUGACCAUACUUACGCAAGUGCCUCAAUGUUGUAGCUUGCUGGUUCCCUUCUCUCUCUCUGGUGGAAUCAAAUAGAGCAAAUGAGUCCUCUUUUGACUGGUUUCAGAAAUCAGUUUCUGAAAAAAAUUACUUAUUAGGAAUGCCUGAUACUCAUACUUCUGUAUAAAACUGGACAAUACUACCACAGGUUGGUGGCACCUUAAUUGGGGAGGACUGGCUCGUGGUAAUAGCUGGAGCGGAAUCAGUGGAAUGUUAUCAAACAUGGUUUGAUUCCGUUCCAGCCAUUAUUAUGAGCCGUCCUCCCCUCAGAAAUCAGUCAAUUGAAAUAAAUAAAUUAGGCCCUAAUCUAUGGAUUUCACAUGACUGGGAAUACACAUGCAUUUAUUGGUCACAGAUACCUAAAUAAAAAAAUGGCCUCAGGAUCUCGUCACUGUAUUUUUGUGCAUUCAAAUUGCCAUCGAUAAAAUGCAAUUGUGUGUGUAUAUAUAUAAAUUGUGUUCGUUGUCCGUAGCUUAUGCCUGCCCAUACCAUAACCCCACCGCCGCCAUGGGGCACUCUGUUCACUACGUUGACAUCAGCAAACCGCUCAUGGUUUGCGGUUGUGAGGCUGGUUGGAUAUACUGCCAAACUCUCUAAAACGAUGUUGGAGGUGGCUUAUGGUAGAGAAAUUAACAUUCAAUUCUAUGGCAACGUCCUGGCGGACAUUCCUGCAGUCAGGAUGCCAAUUGCACGCUCCCUCAACUUGAGACAUCUGUGGCAUUGUGUUGCGACAACUGCACAUUUUAGGGGCCUUUUAUUGUCCCCAGCACAAGGUGCACCAUGCUGUUUAAAUCAGCUUCUUUAUAUUCCACACCUGUCAGGUGGAUGGAUUAUCUUGGCAAAGGAGAAAUGCUCACAUAUAGCGUGUAAACAAAUUUGUGCACAACAUUUGAGCGAAAUAAGCUUUUUGUACGUCUGGGAUCUUUUAUUUCAGCUCAUGAAACAUGGCACCAACACUUUACAUGUUGCAUUUAUAUUUAUAUCAGUGUAGUUUGCUCUCAUGUGGUUAAUACUUUUUUUUUUUUAUCCUGCAGAGUGAACUGCCUGAAGCUGAGCAAGAUAAUGGAGGAUCAACAGAGUCUGUGAAAGAACAAGAAAUGAAGUGGUCAGAUUUAGCGCUACAGAGUCUGCACGAGAAUACACCUAACACUGGGACUUAG